AUGAGUAACGAACCACUUAGCGAAGGAGAACUUACCAAAAAAUACCCCAAACGAGCAGAAUUAUUAAAAGCCUUAGGAAUAAAUAUCUUAAAAGGUCAUCCAAACUCUCUCGCAAGUAAUAUCACAAUACCGGAGCUAGAGAAUUGUCAUGAAUGUAAUGAAGAAAUUUUGUUAAAUCCACUCAAAGCAUUUACCACGCUCGUGUGUGGUCAUAUACUCCAUCAUGACUGUCUUGAAAAAAGUAAUAGAGAUAAGCAAAAAACUUGUCCCAUUUGUUUCGUAGAUAAUGAAGGAACGGCAUCAGCUGAAGUUCAGGACGUAGAUAUGUCAGAGGCAGUGGAAGAUGAAGGUGAAGAAACCUCUAAUCUAACGGGGGCGGUAAGUAAGUUAUCCGUAGAUGGUGGUAAAGCUAUCCCACGAAGUGAAACAAAAUCCAUGGAACCUGAUAAAGUACAAGGUUUAAUAAAAGAACUAUCUAUGCCAAGUGAGCCGAUUGAUGAUAACGAUAGAGGAAAUAAGAGCAAAGAAUCAAAACCAAUAACUUUACUCCAGUUAUACUAUAAUGCAAACCGGGCAGAAAAACGUCCUUCUGUGUCAAUCGAUGUCACAAUGAAUGUAUGA